AAACAGACCUUCAUCGCCACGAGCAUCAUCCUGAUCGAGAGCGUGGCGGACCACAGGUACAGCAGCCAGGCGAUGCUGGUGUGCGGCACCCUCACCGGCUACGCGAUCAUCUGUGCCACACUGGGCAUUGGUCAUCUCGUAGGAGCGAACAUUGACAAGCGCAUCGAUGUCCUGUUCUCGGUGGCCGCCGUGAUCCUCUUCAUAGCCAGUGGGGCCGUCAUCCUCGACCGCUGGCUGGACGUCUAUGAAGUAGAGAGCGACAAGAACAGUGUCCUGGCAGCGGCUAUAUUCUGUUUGGCCAAUGGGGCCAUCUUUGUGGGGGAUACCUUUGUAGUGCUGAAUGCUUGACAAAUGUGAAAUAAAAUCGAGUCUCAAUGAAAAUGAGGGGCUAAUGAA